CUCGAGACCAACGCCAACAACAAACCCGCUCGCUCUCUCCAUACUUUCUCCGUGAUGGCAUCCAAGGCAGCCACGACAGCAGCGGUCGACUUCACCCGCAUCUACUCCUCGCUCGGUCUUGGAAAAGAGACCGUCGCGGCCCUCCAAGCCUUCCGCAAACGCCACUCCGAUGCCCAGCGCAUCAACGCGACAUACGCCGCCCAACCCACAACGGUCGACAUCGCGCACUACAAGUCCGUCUUGAAGAACCAGGAGAUCGUCAAUGAGGCCGAGAAGAUCCUCGCGGACUUCAAGCCCGUCACUUACGAUGUCAGCUCGCAUGUGAAGGCCAUCGAGACGUUCGAGGUCAAGGCGGUUGCUAAAGCCAAGGAGACCGAGGCUCAGAUCGACGUCGAGCUCAAGGAGCUUCAGGCUACCCUCGCCAACAUCGAGGAGGCCCGUCCUUUCGAGGACCUCACCGCCGAAGACGUCGCGCAAGCCCACCCUCGCAUUGUCGAGGCCGUCGAGACCAUGCUCAAGAAGGGCAAGUGGACCGUGCCCGGCUACAAGGAGAAGUUCGGCGACCUCUCGAUUAUGUAGAAGGCGUGAUCUUUCAUGUUGUUGUCGGUGCUGUUGUCGCUGGAUAGAAAUAGAAAAUAUCGCGCUUGACGCGUCUGACCAUGAUUCUCUUUGCCGUUCACGAUUGACGUCGAAUUU